GAGGUGGUGGAGGAGGUGGAGGAGGAGGGGGGACAAGAGACUCCUCCUCUCUCGCGCCACAUCGUUGCUGAGCUGCAAGGAGCAACCAUCGAUAUCAUCGCGCCUCGUCCUCCACGGCCGACGAUCAGGAGGGAGGACGAGGAGGUGGAGGUGGUGGUGGUGGAAGAGGACGAGACGAGGAGGAGGAGUGGGAGGAGCAAAGGGAUUAAGUGAACGCUGCGCGGUUUAAUCACCGCGUCCGUCCGUGUUCGUGAAGAGAGCGCGGCGAGAGCUCGGGGAGAGAUCGGCGAGAGAGAGAGAGAGAGCGGGGAGCGAGUGCGGGAGAUGCGGUAAUGUGCAGGCAGCAUCACAAUUAAGCAGCAGCGGUAGCAGCAGCGGCAGCAGCAGCAGCGGCAGCAGCAGCGGUAGCUCCCGCGCCGCGGGGUGAAGCCGCGACCCCCCCCCCCCCCACCGGCUCCCGGGUUCCCCGCGCCUCGCAUCGGCGGCCGUCGGAAAGGCGAGAAAAAUAAUCACCCCGAGACGAACGGAGCGAGAAUCCCGGGAUACGACAGCCAUCCUACAGCCAUUCCCGACAGCCAUCUGGAGACCGAGCCAUUGAAGUAACGCUGGAACGCAAAGCCAUCCGUAGCUGCGACAGCUCUCCGGCUACAACAGCCACCCCCGCCCCGGGGCCAGCUGUACAUCCCAACAACCACCCUGCCCAACAGCUGACCAGCGAGACAGUCGCCCAUACCAAGAGUGUUCAAGUCCCGCACAGCUAUCCAGUUCAACGAUUAUCGAGCACAACAGCUACGCUGACCAUCCGCUGUCAAUCGUCAGCCAAACAGCUAUCAGGAGGCAUAGCCAUCAAUUGGAACAGCUAACCAGCAGAACAGCUGCUCAUCGGAACAGCUACCCAGCACGACAGCCAUCCGUUGGAACAGCUACCCGGCAGAACCGCUGUUAAUCGGAACAGCUAGCCAGCAGGACAGGUGUCCAUUGGAACAGCGACCCGACGGAACAGCUGUUCAUCGGAACAGCUACUCAGCAGAACAGCCGUACGUCUGAACAGCGACCCGGGAGAACAGCUGCUCAUCGGAACAGCUAACCAGCAGGGCAGCUGUUCAUCGGAACAGUUACCCAGCAGAACAGCCGUACGUCGGAACAGCGACCCGGCAGAACAGCUGCUCAUCGGAACAGCUAACCAGCAGGACAGCCGUGCAUCGGUACAGCUACCCGACAGAACAGCUGUUCAUCGGAACAGGUACCCAGUACAACAGCUAUCUGUUGGAACAGCUACCCAGCAGAACAGCCGUACAUCGGAACAGGUACCCAGCAGAACAGCCAUCCGUUGGAACAGCGACCCGGCAGAACAGCUGCUCAUCGGCACAGCUGUGCAAACGAGGGCGCGAUGAUACCGGUGGAGUGUUGAGAGCCAAACCCCGGCGCUCCACCUGUGCCCCCCCCCCCCCCAACGUGGUACCCCCCUGCUCCUCACCGGGAAGGGAGAGCUUCACCAGCGCUCCUUCUGCUUCUCCUGCUGCUGCUCCUGCUGCCGCCCUCGCAGGAGAGCGACAGACAACAGAGAGAGAGACAGAGAGACAGAGCGAGAGAGAAGAGAGAGAUGGGAGUCGCCUCCCUGCUGCUGUGUCUCACGGGGAUCGCCUUGGCUGAGAUGAGCGGUCCUGGGGUCUACAGCCCCCCCCAGGCAAGGAUCGUACACUCGGGCCAGGCGUGCAAUUACAACAACGAGGGCUACAGCGAGAGGAUCUACACCAUCCGCGAGGGGGACACCCUGGAACUCACGUGUCUCGUCGCGGGACACCCGCGCCCCCAGCAGGUGCGGUGGACCAAGACGGCCGGCAUCGGCUCGGACCGCUUCCUGGAGACGACGGUGUUCAACGAGACGCUGCGCAUCGCCCACAUCCAGCGCCAGCAGGGAGGGCGCUACUACUGCCGCGCAGAGAACGGCAUCGGCCAGCCCGCCAUCCGCUCCUUUCGCGUGGAGGUCUACUACCUGGACACGCCCGUGCUCACGGUGCACCAGAGCGUGGGGGACGCCAAGGAGUACUACCAGGAGCGCACCGUCUUCCUGCGCUGCUCCGGCAACUCGAGUCCCCCCGCGCUCUUCACGUGGCGCCGCGAUGGCCAGCCCCUGCGGCAGGACCUCGACGCGGGGAUCACCAUCUACGAGCCGCUCUUCACGCAGGGAGAGACCAAGAUACUGAAGCUGAAGAAUCUCCGCGCCACGGACUACGCGACCUACAGCUGCGUGGCGUCCGUGAGGAACGUGUGCGACCUCCCGGACAGGCAGGCGGACUUCCGGCUCACCAACAUGACGGCGGCCCCCUCCAUCCGCAUCAGGGGCCCUGACGCGCUGAUCGUAAACCCGGAGGAGACCGUCUCCCUGCAGUGCGAGGUCCUGGGGGGCUGGCCCCGCCCCUCGCUGUCGUGGGCUCGCCUCGGAGGGCAGCCCCUGCCCCCGGGGGCUCGGGUGGUGAGGGGCAACCUCACGUUGCCCAGGGUGUCGGGCGAGCACGCGGGCUCCUACCAAUGCUCCGCUUCCAACGGAGUGGGAGGCUCCGUGCGGAAGAGCAUCACCAUCAUCGUGCGCACGCUCCGCCAAGGCCGCUUCUGGAUAACCCCUGACCCCUACCACGAGGACGUCAAUAUCCAGAUCGGGCGCGAAGUGAAGAUCUCGUGCCAGGUGGAAGCCAUCCCGCAGGAGGAGCUCUCUUACAUGUGGCACAAGAACGGCCGCGCCCUGCGCAGCACCGAGCGCAUGGUCAUCUCGUCUAACGACGCCGACUUCCAGCCAGGGACUUCGAGCCUGGACAUCAUCGACCUCAAGUUCACCGACUUCGGCACCUACACGUGCGUGGCGUCGCUCGGCACCCCCGGCUCCGCUGGCAUCCCCGACAUCAGCAUCGACGUCAACAUCUCGAGCAGCACCGUGCCCCCCUCGGUGUCGGUGCCCAAGGGCCGCUCGGCGGUGACCGCGCAGGAGGGCCGCCCGGCCGAGCUGCAGUGCGCCGUGUCCGGCAAACCCAAGCCCGUGCUGCUGUGGUCGCGCGCCGACCGCGAGGCGCCGAUGCCCGACGGCUCCAUGCGCUCCGUGAGCUACGACGGCAGCCUGCGCUUCGCCAACGUGACGCGCGACAUGGCGGGCGUCUACCGCUGCCAGACGGACCGCUACAACGGCUUUAACGUGGCGCCCCGGGAGGCCUCCAUCACGCUCAACGUGCACUACCCCCCGCAGGUGGACCCGCCGCACAGCGAGGUGCGGCAGGCGCUGGGCCGCUCGGUGUCGCUGCGCUGCUCCGUGCUGCGCGCGAGCCCCGCACGGCCGCUGCUGCACGAGUGGCUGCUGGGCGACCGCGUGCUCACGUCCGGGCGCCUCGAGACGCCGGGGGAGCCCUGGGACAUCGAGCGACUGUCGCGCUCCUCGUACGGCACCUACAACUUCACGGUGCUCAACGAGGCCGGCGCCGCCAGCUGCCUCUUCACGCUCACCGGCCGCGCGUACCCGCCCGAGUUCUUCUUCGACACGGCGAGCCCCGUGCGCUCGACGCGCGGCGACACCUACUCCUACGAGCUGCAGUGGACGCAGAUGAACCCCGACGCCGUGGACCAGGUCACCUCCUACAAGCUCGAGUACCGCCAGGUGGGGCAGGGGCGGUGGGACCGGGUGGAGGUGACGGUGAGGAGCGUGUUGAGGCGCGGGGACCUGAUGUCCCACACCCUCAGCGAUCUCACCAAACCCCGCGCCUACGAGGUGCGGCUCACCCCGGUCACCGCGUUCGGAGACGGAGACUCCGCCAGCCGCAUCCUGCGAUACUACGAGGCUCCAACGCUGAGUCCACAGACAGGUGACGCGUCGUGUGGCUUCGAGGACGACUCUCUGUGCGGGUUCUCGCUCGACCCCAACGGCAACUUCAACUGGACGCGGCAGAGCGCGGCGACGCGGAGCCCCAAGUUCACGCCCAACACGGGCCCCGUGGCCGACCGGGCCGGCUCCAAGACGGGUCGGCGGGGGUCGCGGGGCUUCUUCAUGUUCAUCGAGACGUCCAGGCCGCGUAACCUCGGCGACCGCGCGCGGCUGCUCAGCCCCGUGUACCACGUGACGCCGCCACGCACCUCCAGCGGGCUCAGCGCCUUCUGCCUCUACUUCUACUACCACAUGUACGGCAAACACAUAGGCUCCCUGAACAUCUACGUGCGCUCGCCCGGCGCGCUCGACACGCAGGUGUGGACGCGCGGGGGCAACCAGGGCGACACGUGGCACCGCGCCAACGUCACCAUCACCCCGCCCGGGCCCUUCCAGCUGAUCGUGGAAGGGAUCCGUGGGUCGGGAGUGGAGGGAGACAUCGCCAUCGAUGACGUGACGGUGGUGGACGGGAACUGUGAGAAGCCAUCGAUCUCAUCCGGCGAAGCCAAACAAUCUCAACAGCAGAGCCUGCGGAAUGUGCCUGGGCCGCGCCUGGGCCCUGCUCCCAGGCCUGGCGGCCUCGCUCCUCUGCCUCAGGUGAUGCUGGGCACGGCGUCCUGGUGAGGCCGCGGCUCUGCCGGGCCUCGCGAGGCCCCGUCGGCUGGAGACCUUUGGGGCCCCUCAAAUCGUGAUGGGAUUUCCCUUCUGCUGUAACAGCAGCAACAGCUGCUGCAGCAGCAGCAACUUAUGGACCCUUGCGUGUUAAGUUAAAGAGGACAUGGAGCUGUCUAGCUGACGCCCGAGCUCAUGGCGUGAGGGAGGUGUUCGGCCGAGCGGAGGCUGCUCCGGGCCCCGGGGCCCCUGGGUGAGGAGACACGAGGGGGGUGGUGGGGGAGGGGUCAUGUUGGCCUCGAAGGAGUCCAGGACUGGUGCAGUGACAACACCGGAGGUGUUCACCCCCCUCCACCUCCUCUCUCGGCCUCACUUGGGGCCCCGAGACCCUGGUCACCUCCCCUGUGCCUUCUCAACACAAAAACAGCAGCAGGACCACAAAAGGAGAGGUCGUGGUGGGAGGCCGCAACCACGGCCCACAGCCUACAGAGGGACGCUUGACAAACUGGCGCUGCGAAGAUUCCCGUCGUCAUCCUCUCCGCCGCCUCCUCUAACCUCGCGAUCAGCAUCCCCCCCACAACGCCCCGCCCGGCCACACCGCACACCGCGUGGGGGAUUUCGUGGCCUCCGUGACCUCCCGCUGGUUUUCACUCCGUGCGACGAGGAUCGUAUAUAUAUUUAAAGCAUAUCAGACAGACAUGGAGCUAUCGCGACCAAGAGGCGACGUCGUCGUCUGCAUCACCACCCACCAACCGUGUCCAUCGACAUUCACCAUCGCUGUCGUCAUAACCAUCAUCGCUGUCUUCGCCGUCAUCGCUAUUGGUCAACAUCAUCAUUGUGUUCAUGAUCAUGGCCACCAUCACCACGUCGAUCAUUUAUCUCAACUAAUCUCUCAGCUACCGUAAUCAUCUCCAUAAAUCAUGGUUAUCAUCAUCACUUUACACCUAGUUCCCACGAUCGCCAUCAUCGUCAUCGUCGUCACCACCAUCGCCGCUGCCGCACAGUUGUGGAAGGCGCUCGGCGGUCAUCACCGGCAGUCGUCACCGAGAUCAUCGCCACCGUUGGAGAUCGCCAACACUGGAGAUCAGCACGACUGGAGAUUGGCACUGCUGGAGACCGCCAGUGAGAUCAUCACGACUGGAGACCACGAGUAGCAUCACGACUGGAGAACACCACCACUCGAGGUCGGCGGUGAGAUCGCCACCGGCGGUCGUGACUGGUGAUGUUGACCGUAGGUGCGAGUGCCGGUGCCAAGAAGGCCUUGAGCGCCCUUCCAUGAUGCAACCACAACGACGGUGGCGCCAACAUCAACAAUGGGAACCACGAACUGUAAUUAAAGCCGAGAGACUGUUAGGGUAAUUAUUAUUAUUCGAUGAUGAGAAUGGUAAGAGCACAAAGCUUCAUUACAUGUAUCCACCGAGACCAUAUACCUUACGUGCAGUGUGCCGUGUCGCACUUGAAUAUCCGCAAUAUGAGUGUUGGUGUUAAUAUAUCCACUGGGCGAGA